AUGGCUACCACCCCUACAGAACCAGCAAUGAGCAAACAGAUGGGAGGCAGCCAGUCAGGGCUCAGCCUAACUCCUGGCAAAGCUGGGAGCCCUGUGUUGCUGUGCAAGGUGUGUGGAGACACCAGCAGCGGGAAGCACUAUGGCAUCUAUGCUUGCAAUGGCUGCAGUGGGUUCUUCAAGCGGAGUGUCCGGAGGAAGCUCAUCUAUAGGUGCCAGGCUGCCACAGGGAUAUGUCCAGUAGAUAAAGCACACAGGAACCAGUGCCAAGCUUGCCGGCUGAAGAAAUGCCUGCAGGCUGGAAUGAACAAGAAUGCUGUGCAGAAUGAGCGCCAGCCCCGCAGUACAGCCCAGGUGCGGCUCGACACCAUUGACCUGGAUCUCGACCGGCCCUCCGAGCAUGUGACAAUGGCACGGGAUGUGCUGCCGCCACCUUGCCCCUCCCUCCAGAGCCACAGAGCUCCCAGUUCCUACUCUGUGACUGGGGCCUCAAGGCGGCAAGCCCCAACUCCUCCAAGCAACCACCGCUUCAUGGCCAGCCUGAUGACUGCUGAGACUUGUGCCAAGUUGGAACCAGAGGAUGCUGAUGAGAACAUUGAUGUAACGAGUAAUGAGCCAGAGCACCCAGCAGGCAAGGCUCGUGUGUCCCCAUACCCACCCACCAGACCCGAAAGCAUCUAUGAAACUUCUGCCCGACUCCUCUUCACGGCUGUCACAUGGGCAAAAAACUUGCCUGUCUUCUCAAACCUGCCCUUCCGAGACCAGGUGAUCUUAUUGGAGGAAGCCUGGAGUGAGCUGUUCCUGCUGUGUGCCAUCCAGUGGUCUUUGCCACUGGACAGCUGCCCCCUCCUCUCUGUAUCAGAGCUGACCCUCACCCUGAAUGGAAAGCUUGUCUCUACAGGAGUGGACACCAGCGCCCUGCAGGAAAUAAUUGUACGUUUCAAAGCGUUGGCUGUAGACCCAACCGAAUUUGCCUGUAUGAAGGCAAUUGUGCUGUUCAAACCAGAAACACGAGGCCUGAAGGAUCCAGACCAGGUAGAGAACUUGCAGGAUCAGUCUCAAGUGAUGUUGGGACAACAUAACCAGAUGCAUUAUCCCAGCCAACCUGUCAGGUUUGGAAAGCUGCUUCUGCUUCUGCCUUCGUUGAAAAUUAUUUCUUCAGACCGCAUCGAGCUCCUUUUUUUCCACAGGACCAUUGGGAACACUCCCAUGGAGAAGCUGCUCUGUGACAUGUUCAAGAACUGA